AAAUGCAGCUCUAGAGAGCUAUAGUUGGAUAGAGAGUGCGAGGGCAGUAGCAGUUACAGAACCUAUGAGAGCGCGGUGAAGAGACUAAUGCUGCAACAGCAUGAGGAGCCAGACAUUCCAGUAACAUGGACAAGUACGAAGCGGUGAAGAAAAUUGGGGAAGGUUCAUUUGGAAAGGCUAUCCUUGUCAAAUCAAAAGAGGAUGGACGCCAUUAUGUCAUCAAGGAGAUUGGCAUAUCUGGAAUGCCAAGUAAAGAGAGGGAGGAAUCUCGCAAAGAAGUUGCUGUUCUUGCUAAAAUGAGCCAUCCCAACAUUGUCCAGUACAAAGACUCUUUUGAAGAGGGGGGCUGUCUGUAUAUUGUUAUGGACUACUGUGAGGGUGGAGACCUCUUCAAGAAGAUCAACUCUCAGAAAGGAGUGCUGUUCUCAGAAAAGCAAAUCCUGGAUUGGUUUGUGCAGAUUUGCUUGGCACUGAAGCACGUACAUGAUCGAAAAAUCCUUCACAGAGACAUCAAAUCACAGAACAUAUUUCUGACAAAAGUUGGAACUGUACAGCUUGGAGACUUUGGAAUUGCAAGGGUGCUGAACAGCACUGUAGAACUGGCAAGAACAUGUAUAGGAACACCAUAUUAUCUGUCACCAGAGAUCUGUGAAAAUAAGCCAUACAACAAUAAAAGUGAUAUUUGGGCCCUAGGGUGUGUCCUAUAUGAAAUGUGCACUCUUAAGCAUGCAUUUGAGGCUGGCAACAUGAAGAACCUAGUUCUGAAGAUCAUUCGUGGCUCAUACCCUCCUGUGUCUGUUCACUACUCCCAAGAUCUGCGCUCUCUCUUGGCACAACUGUUUAAACGUAACCCUCGAGAAAGGCCCUCAGUCAGCACCAUUCUGGACAAACCUUUCCUGUCCUGUAGGAUAGAGAAGUUCCUCACGCCACAGCUCAUUGCUCAGGAAUUCCGCCAUGCUUUUCUUCACAAACAGCCUAAGAUGAGUGUGUUGCAGGGCCUACCAGCCAAGCGUCCUGCCCCUGGCUCCAUACCUCUCACCUCAGCCCAGAAGAUUACCAAACCAGCCGCCAAGUACGGAGUGCCUUUAACUGUGAGGAAGGUGCCAGAUGCCAUGAAAAAGCCUGCAGAAAGGAAACCAGAUAUAAAACAUAAACCGACCCCUCUCCCAGCAGCUCUCCAGAGAAGAGAGGAGGAGGAAGAGAGGAAAAAACAUCAGGAUGGCAUCAGAAAGAAAAGAAUGGAGCUGAUUGAGAAAGAAAGAAAUCAGAGAGAGCAUAUGUUCCUGUUGCAAGCGGAGCAAAUGAAGAGAUAUGAAAAGGAAAAGAUCAAUCGUAUACACCAAGCCAGAGAACAAGGCUGGAAGCAUGUCUUGAGCUCUAGCGGAGGCAGCAGCCCAGAGAGACAGUGUUUUAUAGGUGGUAGAAAGCGCGCUGGCGGUGUUGGCCCCUCUGUCCCAGGCUCUGUUCAGGGUCCUACCCCAGCCCCUGUUCCAAACAAAAGUCCUUAUGAACACUACCAUGCUGCUCUGGACCAAAUGGCUAAACCACAGCCUAAAGACCUCAGCAGGGAGGGAUCCUCUGCAGGUCCAAGCAGUCCCAUUCAUGUCCCGGGCGCUGCUGGUCCAGUGCUGCCCCGUGGCACGGCCCGACUCAUAAACCCUUAUGCAAUCAAGAGAGAACUUCAGAGGCUACAGCUUGUUUCUAUACAAGCUCGUAUUAGCAGGCGGCGUGGUCAGAUGGCUGUUGAGCAUGCCGAUCAGGUUGAGGAGUUUUUACAGCGCAAGAGAGAAGCCAUGCUCAAUAAAGUCCGUGCUGAGGGACAGCUGGGUACUCGGCAAAACCUGGCUGCAAUCUAUGGAAGCCGGGCUGGUUCGGUUCAGUGCAGGAGACCCAGAGCCAACAAAGAGGAGGAGGAGUACUUGAAAAAACUGAGGCAGAUCCGUUUGCUGAACUUCAACGAACGUCAGCAGAUCAAAGCUCGACUCAGAGGAGAGAAGUAUGACAGUGAUGGUUCUGACAGCCAGGAGUCCAGUGAAGAGGCAGAGCUCAGGAGAAAAAAGAUAGAGGCUUUAAAGGCCCAAGCACAUGCCCGUGCUGCUGUACUGAAAGAGGAGCUAGAGAAGAAGAGGAGAGAAGCAUAUGAGAGAGAAAAGAGAGCUUGGGAGGACCAUCUUGCAGCUCGGGGGGUGAAGGUUGGUAUGGUAGCAGGAAACCCAGCAGUAGCAGUAUCAACUACCUCUGACAGUCCGCUUCCACAGACCAAACCUGCUGAGCCAGACCUAGCUGCUGAAACUCCAGGCCUGCCUGCACUCAAACCCCCUACCCCAGCUAUAUCCCUGACUGCUGCCCUGAAGAAUGUUGGAGCAGUCAGUGUAAUUAUUUCUCCAGUAAAAGAGAAUUUGUCUCAGCCAGAAGCUGUUCAGAGUGAGAAAAAGCAGAUACUGCACAGACUUAACCAGAACCUAAAAGUUCAAGCUCCAGUGGAGGAGUUCGAGGAGUCACCCCUACCCUCUGCAGAACCCAGUCCUGCUCCCCAGCAGAACCAGUCUGACACACAGAAACGUCCUUCGAAUGGAGACAGAAAGAAGUGGGAUGCAGCUGAACUGCCUGUACUUGCUGUAGCUCAGCAAACACUAGGGGAAACCUGUGCUAUGACAACUAUGUCUUCAGAGGAUAUAUCACCUUCUGGUGGAGACAGGAAAAAGUGGGAGGCAGGAGUUCCCCUUGUCCUCUCUGUAGCACAACAAACUUUAGAGGAGACAUGUAUCCCAACCAUUGAGCAAGCGACAGGUGAAGUUAUACAGAUGGGUGUGCUACAGGAGGAAGCUCCUAGGAAAGUGUGGGGACCAGGUCCACGUAGCCAGGUGCUGAGAGUACUUCAGGAGGCAGAGCUUCAGCCUCUCACCCAGCAGCUGGACAGUGUUGCCAUCUGUGACACGGAGAUUUCUAGCCAUGAUGAACUCAACCAGGCACUGGCACCUGAGACUGUGCAGACACCUAACAAGGUGUUGUUGUCUAAUCCAGCACCAUCUACUGUGGUCCAGAGCUCUGAGGUUCAGGCGGAGAGUACAGCUCCAACAGAGUCCUCACAUCAGGAAAUGUCUGGAACUGGCACAACAGAAAGAGUGACACUUCCACCCAGCUAUACUGAAUCUCAGGAUCCAGAAGACAUGGAGUCAGUGGUUUUGGAAAUGACACCUAAACAGGCACCACAUCACCCGACUGGUGUGCAGCAGGCGUGGGAGCAGGAAGCCCAACAGCCAAUGCCACGAGAGGGAAACGCAAGACUAACAGGCACCAGGGAGGGUGAGAAGAGUGCACAGAAACCAUCAGAAUCUUCUGAUUUAGCCCAGUGCAAGGAACCUCUGUUUAUUAAGCUGUGUUCCCUGGCCCACCGACGCACUGCUGCCCUUGCGGCCCUCUCAGCCCAGUCCUCUCUGGACGAAUCGUCCUCAUCUCUGGCCUCUCGCUCACGCUCCGUCUCACCUCAGCGCUCCAAACACAACAACUCCCUCCUCAUUGGUCUCUCUAUGGGAGUGUUUGACGCCAACAACCCUAAGAAUAACUGUGAUCGGGGAGCAGCUGUUACAGUGGUUGAGGAAAUUCACACUUGCUUGUGUUCCUGGUGUGAUGUCGAGAUGCUGCGGACAUGCUCUCUACCAGACCUCAGCCGCCUGUUCAGCCCUCAGCAGGACUCUGCACUGACUGCUGAUGCUAACAUUGCCCCAGACAAUACCCUGGAAAUUGAGGACUUGGAUGAGGCAGCUAAAGAUGACGACCAGUCAGAGACUGAUGUAUAUGAGGAUGAAGACCUGCGGGACAUCAGGGCCUCCAUGGAGAGACUGCUGCAAGAAGAGGGUGACUUAAUGAGGAGCUCGCCAGAGAUUGGUGCAGGAGACUUUAGUGGAAACCCUUCAGAAAGCGAAGACCAUGAGCUUUUUAACAAGAUAGCAGCGGAGAUUGAACAGGACGGCAGUCAGAUGGUUGUAGAUGAUGAGGAGGAGGAAGAUGAGGAAGAAGAAGGUGAAGAGGAGGACGAUGACGACAACGAUAAUGAGGAAUGCUCUAAUGGAAGUCCUGGUGAUGAGGAAGUAGGGGAGUUGCUUACCAAUGGUGUGGGAGAGGAGAACCACCGUGGUAACAGCCAGCUCAAUGAAGAGUGGCAUUCAGAUGGUAGUGGAGAGGAGCAGGGCGCAGAGGCAGAGCAUCACGACAGCAUCUUCAGUCGUCUGGAAGAGCUUCGUUUCAACUUGGAGCAGCAGAUGGGCUUUGAAAGGUUCAUUGAGGCCUACAGUAAGAUUAAGGCUAUACAUGAAGACGAAGAUGAGAAUAUUGACCAGGGCUCCAGUUUGGUCCUAAGCAUUUUGGGAACUGAGCACCAGCAUCUGUAUCCCAACAUCCUUCAUCUGGUGAUGGCAGAUGGGGCAUAUCAAGAGGAUAAUGAUGAAUGAUGGUUUCUGCACUGAAGCUGCUGGCAGCUGUGACAAGCUGCUAGUUAUCUGAUGUCUUCCUAUAAUGCACAUUGUCAGUAGAAGGAUCUAUGCAUGAAGUGUUGCAGCCAUGGCAUCUAACACUGCUUGACUUAACUUGUUGACUUGAGGCUGUAUUUCAUACUUCUGUCAGCAUCUGAUGUUGUUUUCUAACCAGUGUUCGUUCAGAAGUGCAUUAUCAAAUACAUGUUCUUAUUAACCAAAGUUAACUUCCUGUCAAAUGUUUAUGAAAGUCUGUCUGUAAGUGAAUGUCACAGUGAUUAACGGUGUAAUCUCUAUUAUGUUUCAGUUUUAGUGUUUGUUCAGUUAGACUUUCAUUUUGGCAGACAAAGGUCUGGUACUCUCAGGUGUACUCUCUUUGUAAUUGUCACAUACUCAGCUCUGGCUUCAAAACAUAAACCAGGUCACCAUGAAAAACCAAUGUUCCAUGACUUACUCAUAACCAGCUGAACCUCCUUUUCUUACAACUCUUUCCAUCAGACAAAACGUUCCAUAUUAUGUAAUACAUUUCCAUGUUUCUUACUGUUCUAGUUAACCCAGAUAAUUAAAAGAUUACUGUGAGACUGUUGUAUGUUGCUAAAGUACUGUAGCAAAAACUGGCAUUAGAGUGGCGGAUGUGAGGUGCAAGUUCGAGGCAGAGAGUUGUACUGAUUGUGUAAACAUUGGUACAGAUGUUACCUUUUAUGUGAUUAUAA